AUGUGUAUCAGGGGCUUUUUAAACUGCAUCUGCUUAGUAAUCGUUGUUGAUGAGACCCAUUUGCAUGAGAAAUACAAAGGUAUGUUGUUAAUAGCAACGUAUAUCAAUGGUAAUAUCAACAUAUAUCCUAUCGCCUUCAGUAUUGUAGAUGGUGAGAACGAUGCAUCAUGGACUUGGUUCAUGACUCAUUUGACGGCUUUGAUAGGAGAUGUUCCCAAUUUAGUGAUUAUAUCAGAUCGUCACAUCUCAAUUGCAAAGGCUGUUGCAAGUAUAUUCCCUGAUGCAUUUCAUGCCCUAUGUAUAUACCAUAUUUGGAACAAUUUGGUUGACAAAUUCAAGAAUAGGAACAUAAUCCCACACUUCUAUCUAGUGGCAAAAGCUUAUAGAAUGUUUGAAUUUCAGAUGUAUUGGGCUAAGCUCCAUCAAUAUCCUGGUGUGAUGGCCUAUCUUGAGGAGGUUGGAUUACAACUGUGGGCAAGGGUUUAUCAAGUCUAUUGUAAGUAUGACAAGAUGACGACAAAUAUAGUAGAAUACCUCAAUAGAAUGUUGAAAGAUGCACGAGAACUACCAAUCAUAAAGCUAUUAAAGCAUAUCCACGAGUGGCUAUAA